UCAUUCUGUAAAUAUGCAAAUAAUUUUGAAAAUAUAACAUAGUGUCAAUGUGGCAAAGAAAUUUGCAAUAUUACAAUAAUUGCAUAUGUACGCACUGGCCUGUUGAAUAUCGAAAAUGUUUCAAUUCUGCUGAAACGGACUGCAAUAACAUCUUGUCAGUAUUGUGAUAGUUUGCUUUGUUCUCCAGAACAUUAAUAUGCAGAACUGUGUUCUAUUCUUAUCAUUGUCUCUUAUUAAAAACAAAUAACAACGGGGUAUGCUUUCACUCCGGAAUAUUUCUGUUCAUGUUUGUAGCUCAGUGUGUUACGGGAAUAGAUCUUUCUGGAUAUUUCUCUUGAACUGGAUUGGUUCCGCUUUUCGAAUUUUUCUAAAUGUGACCGAAAUAGUUUCUUAUAAAUUAUGGACAUAUUAGAUAAAUAUACUGUAUUACCUUUUUCGAACAGAACGCUUAAUUCAAGCUCUACACCUGUGGCACAAUCAGGAUUUUCGUCUGCCAUUUACAUCGUUUGGGAUGUUCUUUAUGGACUUCUUUCUGUAACCACAGUCAUAGGAAACACUCUUAUUCUCAUGUGUCUCUCCAAAUUCCGAGACAGCACGAGCAGUAUCCACAUACUGAUCGGAAACCUCGCUGUGUCCGACCUCAUUAUGGGAGGUUUGUUACUUCCGUAUUGCAUUAUAUUGGACGCGAUGCAGCUAAAUUCUGAAAAAUAUUUGUGUCUAGUUAAAGUUUCGCUGAUAGUGUUCGCCAUCGGUAUAUCUGCAUAUGGUCUACUGUUGGUAUCAAUUGACAGGUUUUCUGCUGUGUGUUUCCCGUUCAAACACCACAAAACUUUGAGUUCGAAAAAAGUACUCAUCAUGCUGGCGAUCGGCUGGACAUAUGUGGCUAUAUUUGCUUUCCUCCCCCUAUCCGGUUGGAAUUUUUACGAUGUGAAUUUACCGUACAGCUGCACGCAAGAUAAAGUUUUGACGCCAAUUUAUGCCAAAGUCAUGAAUGGACACUUCAUCCUUCUUUUGAGUAUCAAUUUUAUUCUUUACAUAAUCGUUAUUCGAAUCUCUAUGAAGAAGGCGAGAAAGGUCUAUGCUACACAGAAGUUUGCUUCCGAGUACCGAGCAAAUAUGAGAGAAUUAUACCGGGUCAAAACGAUGGCAAUGGUUCAAGGCCUUUUCGCUGUUUGCUGGUUCCCAUACGUUUCAGUUUCUAUAGCGAUAACUUUUACGGAGAACCAGGUGUUGCAGCAGACACAAUACUGGUGUGUUAUUCCGGGUUUGCUAAAUUCGGCCGUCAACUGGAUUGUCUAUGGAUACAGAAAUGAGCAACUACGCAGACAAUUUAAAAAACACUUCAAAUGUAUAUGCAGAUUUUAAUAUCUAAUGUUGUUAUAUGCGUGUUCUUUAUUCGUGUAUGUGUGACUAUAAUGAAACUAUACAUAUGACCACAAAAUGUGUAACAUUGAUUCCAACAUCAUGAUGAUCAGAUCCAUAACUUAUUGAUGAAGCUUUGAACUUUAGAGUAUCCAUUAUGUUCGGUUGAUGAUUAUUCUCUUUGGUGGAGCUUAAAACGGCUUUUAGUUAUCAUUAUAUUGCUAAUUCUAGUUCAUGUGUGAUAAAUUAAGCGUCACUCGGCUGUUGUCAGUUAUAUUCCUUUGAGAGCAUCUCUUAAAUAGACAUUCAACAGUCUGUUACGUACCUUAUUGG